AUUGGGUCAUCGCCCAUGUGUUGAUAUUUAUAUUUAUAGGACUCACUUUGCUUCUCCAAAUUAUCUUUCUUAUUAUUGUAUUCUUUCUGAUCGGAGAAAUAGCGCAAUGGGUUCUCAGGAGGACGACCGAGCAAUCUUGGAGGAGGGUCUUUUGCAGAAUGAAAGCAAUGGACUGUAUACAGGUGAUGGCUCAGUUGACUUCCAUGGGAAUCCUGUCCUCAAGCAAAAUACAGGAAACUGGAAAGCAUGCCCAUUCAUUCUAGGGAAUGAAGGCUGUGAGCGAUUGGCCUACUAUGGGAUUUCAACUAACCUUGUUACUUAUCUUACAAAUAAACUACAUCAAGGAAAUGUAUCAGCUGCUAGAAACGUCACUACUUGGCAAGGAACUUGUUAUCUUACACCCCUCAUUGGAGCUAUACUGGCAGAUGCAUACUGGGGAAGAUAUUGGACAAUUGCUGCUUUUUCAACAAUUUACUUUAUCGGAAUGUGUACAUUAACUCUCUCUGCAUCUGUUCCUGCUCUAAAGCCUGCUGAAUGUGUCGGGUUUAUGUGUCCCCCAGCUUCUGCUGCUCAGUAUAUGGUAUUUUUCCUUGGACUCUAUUUGAUUGCCCUUGGGACAGGUGGAAUCAAACCGUGUGUGUCAUCAUUUGGAGCAGAUCAGUUUGAUGAUACUGAUCCUGCUGAAAGGGUUAAAAAGGGCUCAUUUUUCAACUGGUUUUACUUUUCAAUCAAUAUUGGUGCUCUUAUAUCGAGUAGUUUCCUGGUUUGGAUACAAGACAAUGCCGGGUGGGGUCUAGGGUUUGGCAUCCCUGCAUUAUUUAUGGGCCUUGCUAUUAUAAGUUUCUUUUCUGGCACAAAGCUCUACAGAUUUCAGAAACCGGGAGGAAGCCCAAUUACAAGAAUGUGCCAGGUUUUGGUUGCAUCCUUUCAUAAGCGAGAUCUAAGGGUUCCUGCUGACAGUAAUCUUCUGUAUGAGGUGCGAGACAAAAGUUCUGCCAUUGAAGGAAGUCGCAAGCUGGAACACAGUGAUGAACUGAGAUGCCUUGAUAAAGCGGCUGUCAUCUCUGAUGCUGAGUUGAAAAGCGGGGACUUCUCCGAUCCCUGGAGGCUAUGCACAGUAACUCAGGUCGAGGAAUUUAAGAUUCUUAUCCGAAUGUUCCCAAUAUGGGCUACUGGAAUCGUCUUUGCUGCUGUAUACGCCCAAAUGUCAACAUUAUUUGUGGAACAAGGGACAAUGCUGAACAAGACCAUUGGUUCUUUCCGUAUUCCUCCAGCCUCUCUCUCGACCUUCGAUGUAGUAAGUGUUAUUUUCUGGGUACCUGUGUAUGAUAGAUUCAUAGUCCCAAUUGCAAGAAAAGUCACAGGAAAGGAGAGGGGAUUCACCGAAAUACAGCGGAUGGGUAUCGGCCUGUUCAUAUCGGUUUUAUGCAUGUCAGCUGCAGCCAUGGUAGAGAUCAAACGACUGGAACUUGCAAGAGAACUCGAUUUAGUGCAUAAACCAGAGGCUGUACCACUAAGCAUACUUUGGCAAAUACCACAAUAUUUCUUGCUGGGUGCAGCAGAAGUAUUCACAUUCAUUGGACAGCUUGAGUUUUUCUAUGAUCAAUCUCCAGAUGCCAUGAGAAGUUUGUGUAGUGCAUUGUCUCUAUUGACCACUGCUUUGGGGAAUUACCUCAGUUCCUUCAUUCUAACCAUUGUCACUUACUUGACAACAAGAAAUGGGCAGCCUGGAUGGAUACCAGAUAACUUAAAUGAGGGCCAUUUGGAUUUCUUCUUCUGGCUGUUGGCUGGACUGAGCUUCUUGAACUUGUUGGUUUAUAUUGUCUGCGCCAAACGCUACCGGCCAAAAAAGGCUUCUUAGGGAGCAUUUGGGACAAGGGAUGAAGUUAUGAAGUUUGGGAUAGUUGUGAAUUUCUGGGAUCCAAAAUGUAAGAAGUUUUUAAGAUAUAAAAUUGAUGUUUUUUAGUUGUGGACCUACAAAAUUCUUGGACUAAACAGGAGUGGAGUUCACAACUCUCUAUUUCUCAACUCCUGGCUCAAACAACCCUUUUAAGUAUGAAGGAAGUAGGUGAUGUAACUUGAGUUAUUAUUAUGAUCUAUUGUAUAUAAAUUAUAUACUCCCCCAAUGUCUCUUUCUUUUCUCUUUAAACUUUAAAUUCAUUUUUAUUUUGCAA